GAUGGACAGAAAGAGAGAGGCCCCAUAGUCAUCUCCUGUUCUUUCCUUGGCUUUGGGCAGGAGGGAGAAGAUCACGUGGAGUGUGGUGACCAGGAGCAACUCCAGGAGGCUGUGCACCCAGAAGAGUUUGUGGCCAUUGCAGACUAUUCAGCCACUGACCAGACGCAGCUCAGCUUUUUGAGAGGAGAAAAAAUUCUCAUCCUGAGACAGACAACUGCUGAUUGGUGGUGGGGCGAGCGUGCAGGGUGCUGUGGGUACAUACCCGCAAACCACCUCGGGAAGCACCUGGAGGAGUGUGACCCUGAGGACACGUGGCAGGAUGAAGAGUACUUCGGCAGCUACGGAACCCUGGUACUGCUUUCCACAUUCACUGUUCGGUUGGCCAGGUGGUGGUUUCCUCUCUCUGGUUUCAAGUUCACUUCAGCUGGGCUGCUUCUCUUCAUGGUUUAGAGCCGGGUCUGUAGACUUCUCUGCCGUUGUAGUGCAUGAGUGGCCAUAAAACCGUCAAGAAACGAGCAUGGCAUGUUCUUUUGAUUUUUAAGAACCAUUAAAAAAUGUAAAAGCCAUGGGGCGCCUGGGUGGCACAGCGGUUAAGCGUCUGCCUUUGGCUCAGGGUGUGAUCCUGGCGUUAUGGGAUUGAGCC